AUGCAGCUCACCAUCAUCUUCAAGAGCUUCCAGGAGUGUGUGGACCAGAAGGUAUACCAAGCUGAGAUGGAUGAACUGCCAGCCGCCUUUGCUGACGGCUCCAAGAACGGGGGCGACAAGCAUGGCGCCAACAGCCUGAAGAUCACAGAGAAGGUCUCUGGCCAGCAUAUAGAGAUCCAGGCCAAGUACAUUGGCACCACCAUCGUCGUGAGGCAGGUGGGCCGUUACCUGACCUUUGCUGUGCGGAUGCCUGAGGAGGUGGUGAAAGCUGUGGACGACGGCGACAAUCAAGGCCUGUAUCUCUGCCUCCGGGGCUGCCCGCUCAACCAGCAAAUAGACUUCCAGGCAUUCCGUUCCACCACUCAGACAACGGAAAACCAGGCUCGACGGAAAGGUCCUAGCCCUCCUACUUCCCCGGAGACCUUCACCUACGAGGCGGCCGUGGCGAAGUGUAAGGAGAAGCUUCCAGUGGAGGACUUAUACUUCCAUUCCUGCGUCUUCGACCUCUUGACUACGGGCGAUGUCAACUUCACUCUUGCUGCUUAUUAUGCUUUUGAAGAUGUCAAGAUGCUUCACUCCAACAAAAACAAGUUGCACCUCUACGAGAGGACACAGGACUUUGGGCCAGGCAAUGGGGCCGCCUCAGGGCCUUCCCGGCUUCUUGCUCUCCUUCCACUGGUUGUCUCUUUGAGUCAAUGCCGGGCCCUGUUUCUAUAGACUAUCAUCAUGGCGGCAGGGAAACGGAAAACAACAAAACAAUUUUGACAGGGAAACUGAAAA